GUUUCUACGUAAACCGUUUUCAUAAUUGUAUUUUUACAAGCAAACAAUGAAAUAUAACGUGUUUGUCGUAUUAUCAUGUAUUCUAAGAUUUGCAAAUCAAUUUCAACUCUCCGCUGUACAACAGAGUAUUAUGAAUGAUUUAUCUUUCGGAUUAAAGAUGACAGUUUUAAAAGAUUUACCCACAAAUAUAGAUAAAAGGAGAGUAGGUUUCGAAUUCUUACGCAACAAAAUGGAGGACGCUCUCGGACGUUCAGCGCCGACAUCGUUCGCUGAGAACGAAAUCAAAUUGAAAUUAUUCCGUAUGAUGCACGAAUCAAUCAGCGAUAGCGAAUCUAAAAUAAAACGUGCUGAAAUGAUAAGAAAAUCCUAUGAGAAUAAUACAUCUUUCGAAAUUGGUUUCAUUGUCGCUGAUACGACUGACAAAUAUACCACAAUGGCUGAUAUUGGCGGAAUGUUGGAUAGAUUAUUUGACGAAUGGCGACCAAUUGAACAUAUUAAUGCAUACGAACAUAUCGCAAAUAAAGGCAUAGAAAUAAAUCAAUUAAUUGAAUUAGUUAAAACAGUUUUAAAGAGGAAUAAAACGUCUUCUGUGUAUAGAAGAUUUUUGAAUCUUAGUUUAUAAGUGGUCAUUUCCACUAAUUCUGACAAUUGUCAUUGCAGUUGUUCCAAAUUGAAACUAUAGUGUGCC